UGUACGAUUGUCUCGUUGUGCGAGAUGCGCUUUUUUAUUUCCCCGAAGACGUAAACUGCCCAUUUUCUAAAUAUUUUGGACCCUGCCAGGACCAAAAAUGCGUUCUACAUUCGGCACAGAUUCUUCAGACCAACAACAACAACCAAGGCAAACAAACAUUGCUGCAGAUUUUCUAUAAUAACUAUACUAUCUAUGCAGUUAAUCCAGAUAGCAGAUUCACAUGUCCCAGAAAAGGAGUGCUGGAAUAUGACGAUUUACAGCAAAUAUUCCAAGAGUUACGUAUAUGUACGUAACAACACCGUGAGAGCGGAUUCAGAAGAUAAAACGUACUUGUAUAGCAUAGGAUUAGAGAAUUCGAUAAAGUUCUUCCUUUACGACCCGGUGAGCCACAAGUUCAUCUGCAUGUCGAAGGAGGGCCGGCUGAUAGCGAAAAAGGUGCCGCGGACCGAUUUCUGCACGUUCGAGGAUCGAGUGUUCGCGUUCGGCACAUCGUACAUCCAGUAUGUGCAGCCCCAUUACAAGCAGGCGAUCAAGUUCAGCAAGAGAGGUCGCUCGCUGCCGCGACAGUUCCGCCACCCCAACAGCCACAACGACAUGUCGGCCUUCCUCUCCAAGAAGGAGUUCCUCGAGAUGGACGAGUGCGACCAUCUGAAGCGCGGCUUCUGCUGCAGGAUGCGAAGCAAGAGGCGAUUUUACGCGAAGUUACCAAAAGAGUUAAGGACAUUAUGUAGGAGCAUACUACCCUCCGAGAAAUACUGUCAUAGAUCGUGAAUCACAUGUUUACAUUUAUACAUAUGUUAUCUAUUAUAUCUAUGCUAGAGCUAGGUAAAAAAAGAAAAAAAAACAGCUGAAGAUUUACCAAGCCAUGACGUAACGAACAAAACAAAAAAACAAAAGCGAAAAGUACGCAUAUGUAUAAAUACAUAAACAAUAUUUAAACAAAACAAA